AUGGGCUACCGUGGUCUGGGUUACUUCAGCAGCAGAAGUGUUGAUGGUGUGGGAUUCUCCAGGCGCAGAACAGCUGUUGGAAGAUCUCCUCCUCCGAGACGUGGAUACGGCUUUGGCGCAGCUGGCACGGGGUUCGGCUACAGAGGAGCUGGCUUUGGCUACCGGGUUGGUGGAGUCUCCAGGCUGUGCACCAUCACACCCAUCACCGUCAACGAGCAACUCCUCCAACCUCUCAAACUGGAACUUGAUCCCAAUGUGCAAACGGUGAAGUACCAAGAGAAGGAGCAGAUCAAGACCCUCAACAACAAAUUUGCUUCUUUCAUUGACCAGGUUCGGCUCCUGGAACAGCAGAACAAGGUGCUGGAGACCAAGUGGAGCUUUCUGCAGGGUCAGAAACACCGCAAGGACACCAUCCCGCCCGCGUUAGAGGCUUGUGUCGGUACCUUGAAGAAGAAGCUGGAAGCACUGGGGUGCAACAGAGCCCAGUUAGAAACAGACCUGAGAGAAGCACAGCAGGCUUUGGAAACCAACAAGAAAAUGUACAAGGACGAAUGCAGCCAGCGGACGUGCGCCGAGGGUGAGCUUAUUGCCCUGAAGAAGGACGCCGACUGUUUUUUCUUAAACAAAGCAGAGCUGCAAGCCAAGGUGGAAAGCCUGAAAGACGAAGCUGAAUUCCUGAGAGUGUUCCACGCAGAGCAAACCCACCAGCUGCGAGCCCAGAUCGCCGAUACGUUGGUGGUCGUGCAGAUGGACAACAGCCGAGAUCUCGACUUGGGUGGCAUCACUGGGGACGUCAGGGCGCAGUACGAGGACAUCGCCCGCAGGAGCCGGGCAGAAGCACAAGCCUGGUAUGAAAACAAGUUUGAGGAGCUGCGAGCCACUGCAGGCAGAAACACCGACAUCCUGCGAGAGACAAAAACCAAGAUAGCUGAGCUGAGACGGAGUGUCCAGAGACUGAGCGGAGACGUUGGGAGCGCCAAGGACCAGCGCUGCAAGCUGGAAGCCGCCGUGGCCAGCGCUGAGCGGCGUGGGGAAAGGACCGUCAAGGAUGCAAAGCACAAACUGGCCGAGCUGGAGGCAGCCCUGCAGCAGACCAAGGCUGAGCUGACCCGGCAGCUGCGCGAGAACCAGGAGCUGAUGGACGUCAAGCUGGCCCUGGGCACGGAGAUCGUCACCUACAGGAAGCUGCUGGAGGGUGAGGAGAGCAGGCUCUGUGCAGAAGAAGGCUUCGCCAUCAACACCUCUGCUCGCCAUUCGCAGGGAGGUCUCGCCAACAGCCCAGAGCCCAGCUUUACAAGCACCCACACAUCAGCCAAGAGAAACUGGUGCCGGACCAGCAACGUGGGGGUCUGCGGCGCAGCGGUGGGCGGCGGUGACAGUGUCAGCAGCAGGAGCACGAGGAGCUCCCACACGAUGGUGGUGUCUACAACCAAGUCAGCCAGGAGCAACAUGUAA